AGCUCCAGAACCCGCCGUGCUGGAAGGGGCAGUUUGGCCGCCGUGUUAAGAAACGCGUUUCACUUUUUGUACAUUUUUCCGCUUAAAGCAGAUCAUUUAGGGCAUCAUGAGCGACAACGAGAAGGAGUAUGUGGAGCGGGAGUCACGAUCCAGAAGCCGGAGCCAUAGAGUCUCUGCUAAAUCCAAUAGCGAGUCCCCGAGACGUUCCCCAGCGGGGUCUAAAGAUGGGUCCCAUCGUUCCAGAUCCAGAUCUCACUCCAGGUCCAGAUCUAGGUCCAGGUCCCGUUCCCGCCGGAGCACAAGGAGGCGCUACUCUCGUUCACACUCGCGCUCUCGUUCACGCUCCCACUCUCGCCGCCGCCACUCUCGCAGCCGAUCCUACAGCCAUGAGCAUCGCCGCCACAGAAGCCACAGCCACUCUCCAAUGUCCAACCGCAGACGGCAUGUUGGCAAUCGGGCGAAUCCAGACCCUAACUGCUGCCUGGGUGUGUUUGGUCUGAGUCUUUAUACCACAGAGAGAGAUCUGAGAGAGGUGUUCUCUAAGUACGGUCCUCUGAGCAGCGUAAGCAUCGUGUACGAUCAGCAGUCACGCCGAUCACGAGGCUUCGCUUUCGUCUACUUCGAGAACAGGGAGGACUCUAGGGAGUAUCAUUCUUUCAUAAACUGUUCUAAUCAGGCUAAAGAGCGAGCUAAUGGGAUGGAGCUGGACGGGAGACGUAUCAGAGUGGACUAUUCCAUCACUCAGAGGCCACACACCCCCACCCCGGGCAUCUAUAUGGGACGACCCACAUAUGGGGGAGGAAGGCCGAGUGCGUCCGGAGGCCGCUCUAGAGAUUAUGAUCGCGGUUACGAUCGAGGAUACGAACGCUAUGAUGACAGAGAAUACUACAAAUCUUACAGGCGCAGGUCUCAAUCACCCUACUACAACCGCGGAGGGUACAGGUCACGCUCUCGGUCGCGGUCGUACUCCCCACGUCGAUACUGAAGAAUCGAGUAGAAGGAUGGAUGGAUGGAUGGAUGGAUGGAUGGAUGGAUGGAUGGAUGAAUGAUUGAAUGGAUGGAUGGAUGGAGGAAUUUUGUUUUUAUUCUUAUAAAUGCUGAAAAGUGAUGGAAGGAUUUUUUUUUUGCUUUUCUAUAAAUGUAUGGUUUGAGUUGUUGUAUUUUAAGAGAUUUGAUAUUUUGUUGAGUUUAAUAUUCAUCCUGUCCAUGAUUUAUUAUUAUUAUUAUUAUUAUUAUUAUUAUUAUUAUUAUUAUUAUUAUUAUUAUUAGUCUGGAAUAUGAAGAGCUAUGUUUGUUUAUCUUCCUCUUCUCUUGCUGUUUGCUGGUAGUCAUUAUUGUCCAUAUACAGUAUGUUUGACUGCAAGCCUUGUUUAAUGACUAUAGCCCUAUCCGGACGGGAUUAGUUUAAUAGUUUCUCAGGUGGACCUUUGUAAAAAAUAUUUCACACUUCUACUCAGCAGUAAAACUCUUGCAUCCGGACUGCAAUCUCGGGUCACAUGACAUCGCGUUCAGUAGCUCCUCCAUUUCCACUCACUGUUGUUUUAACAUGGAUCUCCGAGGAAAACGUGCGCCCAAAGUGUGAUUACAGUGCAGUGGACAAACAGCAAUUUUAUUAAAAAUAUUAGAGGAAGACUACGGAGUUCAGAGACAAACAGUAGAUAAUUCAGCCUGUAAUUUCGUAAAAAUACGAACAUGGUCGUUCCGGACAGGAAUAAAAUCAAAUAGGACCCCCCCCCCCUUGAAAGAAAAUUAUCCUAGAACCCCCUGACAAACUAAUUCCGUCCAGAUAUCGCUUAUGAUGUUGAUGAUUUAUGAUUUAUAUAGGGUCAGUUUCUCCUGAAAGGGAUUAAGCCUAGUCGUAGACUACACAAAUUAUGCAUAACAUUAUGACCACUUCCUUUUGGCUAAUAUACAAAAAACAAAAUACAGUAAAUUGUCCUUUUAAUUAAUGAUAAAGCUCUGUUCAAAAUGCUGUAUAUUGCAAGAUGAGGCUAAAUCCCUGUCUGGGAAACCAGUCAACCUAUAGUGUUUGUUUUGAGGUGUAAGUUUAUUCCCAGUACAGUUUCACAGUUGAUUCACAAGUUGAUUCAAAUAGUUCCCGAAUCCAGGGAGGAAGUGUUUUAAGGAACAGGUUUUCAAACUUCCUCAAAAGUUUAAUGGAAAUCUAGUCAUUUUCUAGACUUGGUUUCAGAUUUGCGUUAAAGAAGGAAUACUCCAGCAAUUUUUUCAAGUCAGGACGUUGUUACAAAAGAAAGUCUGGACCAAAGAUUGAACCAAGGUUAGUGUAUUUACUACAUUGUAUACGGGAGGGGUGGACGAUAUGGCCCUAAAAUAAUAUCACGAUAUUUCAUGCUAUUUUUGCGAUUAUGAUACUCUUGUCGAUAAGACAAAGCACUGAAUUAAACAAAUAAUUAAAAAAAACCCUACUGCAACAAAAUAUACAAUAUUUUAUUUUUGCAUAUGAUAUACAUUUAGUCCAGUUAGUUUCGGUUUCACAGUGCCAUUUAAUUACGUCCUGUCAUCAUGUACGUUGGCUGAUUCUCUUUAUAUUGGAUUUAUAGAUUGGUUUAUAGAAAGUUGUCAAUUUGAUGUGCCAGAUUUCGCCGUCUCGACAGAAUCCGACUCCCUUCAAGUAUAGUGCAGGUGUGUCUCGCAGCAAAAUGAGUACCAGAUUCCCCUCUCAUUCCUUUUAUUUCUUCUUAUUUAUAAAAGAGGUUAAUCUACAGUUACAGUAGAUACAGUCAAGUCAGUAAUCACCAGCACCGUAAUCUGUUGUGCACAUACUGCUGUGGGAUGCGCCUGCAUGGGAAGGUGGUCAGUUUUCGGCACAACACCCCACAUCAUUUUGGAAUUGUGUGAACAAAUUUUUGUAAUUUAUUUAUUACAAUAAUGAUUUUCAAUUACAACUAAUAAACUGAAUUGAGUCCCACUUUUGGAACAACGCAUUACAAAGAAUGUUUAAAGCUUAGAUUUUUUGAUAAAUUUGUUCAUUUAAAAAUGUAUUUAUUGAGGUUUUUGAAUGUGACCCUUUUGCAAGCAUUUCAAUCACAACCAAAAGACAAACAUAAAACAAUGCAAUUCUGUAUUUUUAGGGAUUCUAUCUGUAAAAAUUUCAACAUUCACUACUUUGGAAAUAUUAUACCUCUAAUUCAUCCUCUGAAACAAAAAAUGCCUCAUUUAAGGCUUAGAUUGUGUUCAAUUAAAAUUUUAAUAAAUUGAUAAUUAUUUAAAUUAUACUAAAAUAAAAUUAUUUUUUUGUAUUUUUUUUUGUGUACACAUAUAUCGACUUUGAAAACUUCCCAUCAGUGUCUUUGAGUUUCUCUAGGGAUAGAGGAUUAAAAAAAAAAAAAUCAAAAUGUGAUAAUUUACUCUACUUAAAUUUAAAAAAAUGCUGGAGUACUCUUUUUAUAUAUAUAUAUGUAUUCAAUAAAUACAUGUAUUUCUGCUGGGAAACAGGGCAAUAUCUGUAUUGAAAUAGUCCAUCAAAAAGGCCAGUAUCUCAUGUAAAUGUCUUAUGUUGAAUAAACAUUACGCUUUUACAA